AUGUCUGCCGUCCCUGUCGCCGCCGCCGCCGGCGCCCCCGUUGCUCUGCCGGAGAAGAAGCCGGUCAAGUUCUCGAACCUGCUCCUCGGCGCCGGCCUCAACAUGUUUGAGGUCACCACGCUCGGCCAGCCGCUGGAGGUCACCAAGACCACCAUGGCCGCCCACCGCGGCGACAGCUUUGCGGGCGCCCUGGGCCGCAUCUGGGGCCGUGGUGGCGUUCUCGGGUUCUACCAGGGUCUCAUCCCGUGGGCCUGGAUCGAAGCGUCCACCAAGGGCGCGGUCCUGCUGUUCGUGGCCACGGAGGCGGAAUACUACGCGCGUGCGGCCGGCGCUUCUGAGUUUGUCGGCGGCAUCGCCGGCGGCGUCACCGGCGGCGUAGCCCAGGCCUACGCCACCAUGGGCUUCUGCACCUGCAUGAAGACGGUCGAGAUCACCAAGCACAAGAUUGCGUCGUCGGGCCAGAAGGCGCCCGGCACGUUUGCCACCUUUAUGGACAUCUACCGCCGCGAGGGCAUCGCCGGCAUCAACAAGGGCGUCAACGCGGUGGCCAUCCGCCAGAUGACCAACUGGGGCUCACGUUUUGGCCUGUCGCGCCUGGCCGAGCAGGGCAUCCGCCGCGUCACCGGCAAGGAGCACAACGAGAAGCUGGCCGCGUGGGAGAAGAUCCUGGCCAGCGGCCUCGGCGGCGGCCUCAGCGCCUGGAACCAGCCGAUCGAGGUCAUCCGCGUCGAGAUGCAGAGCAAGACCGAAGACCCCAACCGGCCCAAGAAGAUGACCGUUGGCAACACCUUCCGCUACAUCUACGGCAACAACGGCGUGCGUGGCCUGUACCGCGGCGUCGCCCCGCGCAUCGGGCUCGGCGUCUGGCAGACCAUCUGCAUGGUGGCCCUCGGUGACAUGGCAAAAACCUAUGUCGAGAAACUGACCGGCGAAAAGGUCACGGCAAAGCACUAG